CCCCCCGCCACCCCGCAGGUCGGAGCGCACCGCGAGGACGGGGUCAGCCUCCGCGGGAGCCACUCGCUCGUGCCAAACCAGGUCCCCGUCCCCCAGCUGCCCGUCCAGUCCGCCACCUCUCCGGAUUUGAACCCGCCCCAGGACCCGUACAGGGGCAUGCCGACCGGACUGCAAGGGCAGAGCGUCUCUUCGGGCAGCUCCGAAAUCAAAUCUGACGACGAGGGAGAUGAAAACCUCCAGGACACAAAGUCUUCUGAGGACAAGAAACUAGAGGAUGACAAGAAGGAUAUCAAAUCAAUUACUAGGUCAAGAUCUAGCAAUAACGAUGACGAAGACCUGACACCGGAGCAGAAGGCGGAGAGGGAAAAGGAAAGGCGAAUGGCCAACAACGCUCGGGAGCGCCUGCGCGUCCGCGACAUCAACGAGGCUUUCAAGGAGUUGGGCCGGAUGGUGCAGCUCCAUCUGAAGAGCGACAAGCCCCAGACCAAGCUCCUGAUUUUACACCAGGCCGUGGCCGUCAUCCUCAGCUUAGAGCAGCAAGUUAGAGAAAGAAAUCUGAACCCGAAGGCAGCGUGUCUGAAAAGAAGGGAAGAAGAGAAAGUCUCUUCAGAUCCUCCGCCGCUUUCCCUGGCAGGACCCCACCCCGGGAUGGGAGACGCCUCCAAUCACAUGGGACAGAUGUAAAAAA